UCUCACCUGCUACGGCACUUUCUUAUCCCUUCAUCUUUUCUUCUUCUUCUUCCCUUCUCGUUCACCCUCCUCUCCCUUUCUUUCCUCUCCGCGUCCUUCCUCGGCGGAAGCAGUCAUCAUGGCGGACAGCGAAUACACCCCCAAAUACGCUCCGUUCUUUUCCUUCGCAGGCAUUGCGGCAGCUAUGAUCUUCGGAUCAAUGGGAGCCGCAUAUGGAACAGCGAAGUCAGGAAUCGGUAUCGCCGGUGUUGGAACCUUCAGGCCGGACCUGAUCAUGAAGUCCUUGAUUCCCGUCGUCAUGUCGGGUAUCAUCGCUGUUUAUGGCCUCGUCAUCUCGGUCCUUAUUGCCGGUGAUAUGGAUCCUCCCCCAAACAAGUACAUGAGUCUCUACACCGGUUUCAUGCACCUUGCUGCAGGAUUGUCGGUUGGUCUCGCAGGCGUGGCGGCCGGAUAUACUAUUGGUAUCGUGGGAGAUGCGGGUGUCCGUGCGUACAUGCAGCAAUCUCGGGUUUAUGUCGGAAUGAUUCUUAUCUUGAUUUUUGGCGAAGUUCUUGGUCUCUAUGGGUUGAUUGUUGGCUUGAUUCUCAACUCCAAAAGCUCUGGCUGAGCAGGUUGUGCACAUUGCGCUCCGUGUUCCCGGCCGUUGGCCGCUUUCGUCCAUCGUGGACUCCUUUGGCUCCUAUAGAAGUUUUAUAUCUAUUGAACUGAGCGCAGCCAGGUUGUGGGGAAGGAACGGCAGUUCUGCUUAUUGCUCCGGGAUCAAUAAGUCAUUGGGGGCUGACUCUGGUAUUGAUGCCUUUCAUCCGGGGGUGUCUGGUGUCUUGUACUAGUACAUUACUUGAGUUUCGAAUAGCAUAUACUGUUUUCUUUCUUG